UCCUUUGGCUGGAAUCCCAAAAGAGGGGUUUAGUUUAGGGUUCCUGAAACUCCAAAGCGUGGCGUGAGAAAUGGAGGACGACGAUGAGGGUUUGAAGAGCUACGUAGUGAUACACAACAUAGCAAAGAGGCACAACGUAGGGACAUUAGCUCGUAGCGCCACCGCAUUCGGCGUUUCUGAAGUGAUUCUUGUGGGGCGGCGUGACUUCAACUCCUUCGGCAGCCAUGGGUCCACCUCUCACAUCCCUUUCCGCCAUUUCUACUCCCUCUCCGACGCCCGCCUCUUCCUCAAGGCCAAAGGUUGUGACAUAUGUGGUGUUGAGAUUACUCCCAACGCUACCUCUGUAACCACUCACCCCUUUAAAACAAGCACAGCUUUUCUUCUCGGCAACGAGGGUACUGGCUUAUCUGCUAAAGAAUGUGAUUUUUGUGAUUAUUUUGUCUAUAUCCCCCAAUAUGGCUGUGGCACCGCUUCUCUAAAUGUUACUGUUGCGGCUUCCAUUAUUCUACAUCACUUUGCAGUCUGGGCAGGAUUUCCUGAGCGAACUCGUGAUGGGAACAAGUUUGUUGUAGCAGAAAGACCGGUGCAUAAGGUGGGGCGUAACUUCUGCACUGAAACAGCAGAAUCUGUCGCUGCAGAACGCAAUCUUAAAAGAGAAAAUGAUGCUAAAAACGGAUUUUUUGAAGAUACAGAAGGAAGUGAUUCUUCUAACAAUCUUCUUGAUGCUGUUUUUGGAGAUUGAUUUCCUGAAAUUCUUCCUGCAUCCAAGUUCUCAUGAGUUCCUACAUGGCUACACAGAAAUUGAAAUUGGUUGGAGUCCUGGUUUUCAAAGUUAACUCAUGCUAAAAUUAAACAACCUGGUUUUUAAAGUUAACUCGAAGAUGAAAUUAAACCUUGUAGUCGUUAAUUUGUGUUGGUUAGUGACAGUUAAGUUUGUUGUUCUUAUAAUGGUUGUAAUAGGUUGUGCUAUGUUUUCUAAAACGUUUUUUUUUUUUUUAUUUUAUAACUUAGCUGCUAUUUGUUUCGGCUC